CGGGCCGGCCGGGGGAGCCGGCGCUGCUGGAACAGGAGGAUACGGGAGCGGAGCGGAGCCGAGCGCAGGCAGUGCCGUGUCCCGGAGCCCUCGGGAGCCGCUGGGCUACGGCCCCGCUGCACCCCCAUGGAGAAAUACAAAGCUCUCGAGCAGCUGCUCACAGAGCUUGAAGAUUUUCUGAGGAUACUGGACAAGGAGAACUUGAGCAGCACUGCUGUUGUGAAGAAGAGCUUCCUGUCUGACCUUCUGCGAGUCUACACCAAAUCCAGUGGUGGCGAUGAGGAGUAUAUUUAUAUGAACAAAGUGACAGUCCAUAAACAGCAGGGUGACCAAGACAACCAAGACAAAGUGCUGGAUCAGAGGAACUCCUUGACCAAUGGAGACUCAGGACUGCAUUUGUCGCCUCCUCAGAAGAGCCUGCCAGACCUUCCACCUCCCAAGAUUCCCGAAACAAAACAACCUCCAGUCCCCAAGAUCGAAUCCCCAGAGGGAUAUUAUGAAGAGGCUGAGCCAUAUGACAUCUCUGUAAAUGGUCUUUUUGGUAGGCUUGCUGCGGCUGGACCCAGGCCAGGGUUGCAGGUUACUGAGGGCGUUAUUUAUGCCACAAUAACAAUGGAAGAUGGUGAAGCCAUUAGUAGUUCCUAUGAAUCUUAUGAUGAAGAAGAGAGCAGCAAAGGCAAGUCAGCAACCCAUCAGUGGCCAUCCACGGAGGCCACCAUUGAGCUGAUGAAGGAUGCCCGCAUCUGUGCCUUCCUGUGGAGAAAGAAGUGGCUGGGACAGUGGGCAAAACAGCUGUGUGUUAUCAAGGACACUAGGUUGCUGUGCUACAAGAGCUCCAAAGACCACAACCCUCAGCUGGAUGUGAAUUUGCUGGGCUGCACUGUCAUUCACAAGGAAAAGCAAGUGAAGAAGAAAGAGCACAAGCUGAAGAUCAUUCCCACGAAUGCUGACGUCAUUGUGCUGGGGCUGCAGAGUAAAGACCAGGCAGAGCAGUGGCUCAGGGUAAUCCAGGAGACCAGUGGUCUGCUGUGCGAAGGAGCCAGUGAAGGCAACCAGUACAUCCCAGAUUCACAGCGCCUCAGCUACCCAAAGGUGGAGGUAUCCGAGAGAUACUCUGCAGCCUCCGAGAGCGGGAGCAGCACAGAUGGCCACCCAGAGACAGCUGAGACAAAAGAUGUUAAGAAGAAGGGCACAACUGGCCUGAAACUGAGCAACCUGAUGAACCUCGGGAGGAAAAAGUCCAGCUCCAUGGAUAGCCCAGAGAGAUCCUUGGAGACUUCAAGUUACCUGAAUGUGCUAGUGAACAGCCAGUGGAAGUCACGUUGGUGUCAGAUAAAAGAUGGUCACCUCCAUUUCUACCAGGACAAGAACCGAAGCAAACUGGCUCAACAGCCCUUGAGUCUGGCAGGUUGUGAAAUUAUCCCAGAGCCAAGCCCUGAUCAUCUUUACUCCUUCCGCAUCCUGCAGAACGGGGAAGAACGGGUCAUUUUGGAGGCAAAGUCCUCCGAGGAAAUGGGCCACUGGCUGGGCCUCCUCUUGUCGGAAUCGGGUUCGAAAACAGACCCAGAGGAAUUUACGUACGAUUAUGUGGAUGCUGACAGAGUUUCCUGCAUUGUGAGCGCUGCGAAGAAUUCCUUCUUCCUCAUGCAGAGGAAGUACUCCGAGCCCAACGCCUACAUCGACAACCUGCCCAAGGGCCGGCUGCAGCAGGAGGAGCUGUAUGAUGAUGUGGAUCUGCCAGACCUGCCUGUGGAAGAAGUACCUAAGAAUGAGAGCAAAUCGGAAGGGGACCAAGACAGAGUGUAUCUGGAUCUCACCCCAGUAAAGUCCUUCCUACACUGUGCUGGCAGGAUGUCAUGCCAGCCUUCACCCCUUAGCUCACCAUCUUUGGAAAGGGCUGCCAGCAAGGCUACUGCUGAGACCACAGUGGAGACAGCCCUCGUGACUAAGGAAGCCGAGCCCUGUACCAAGGCAAUGGAGCCCUCGGAGCAGAAACACCCAGAGAAGCCAGAGCCCGAGGAGGCGCUGCCACGAGUGCCUCCUGUCAAAAUCCAGCCCCAGCAGCAGAGCAUCGCCUUCCCCCAGCCGGCCCCCGAGGUGCCAGCGGGCCCAGUGCCAGCGGGCAGCCCCCAGCUGGUGCCUGCACACCGGCCCAAGAUGCCACUGCCAGCAGCAGCAGUGGAAAUCAAGCUGGGCAAGAACAGGACGGAGGCAGAGGUGAAGCGGUUCACAGAGGAGAAGGAACGACUGGAGAAGGAGAAGGAUGAAAUCCGGGCUCAGCUCACCCAGCUACGCAAGGAGAGACGGGAGCUGAAGGAAAUGCUCGGGAGCAGCACAGACAAGAGCCUGGAGCAGAGGCUGAAGGAGAUAGACGAAGAAUGCAAAAGGAAAGAGAGCCAGAGGGUGGACCUGGAGCUGAGCCUGGUGGAGGUGAAGGAGAACCUGAAGAAGGCAGAGUCUGGCCCAGUAACGCUGGGCACUGCAGUGGACACCACACACCUGGAGAAUGCAGCCCCACGGGUAAAAAGUGCCAGCCCAGCAAACAGCACAGAGAACUCACCCGUCAACUCAGCAACGGCUUUAAAAAACCGGCCUUUAUCUGUCAUGGUCACGGGGAAGGGAACAGUCCUACAGAAAGCUAAGGAAUGGGAGAAAAAGGGAGCUAGUUAGAAGCAUGUUUUUCAGAGAUGGACUAAAGACUCCAAUUUUCUCUGCAUGGCCCAGGGGAUUCAACCAUCUGUAGGUGGAGGUUGGGUGUGCAACACAACCACACACCAGGCACCUCCUCCACGUCGCGCCAACUCCUCAGACGCAGCAAUGGACUCAACAGCUGCCAAAACGAGUUAUCCCAAAUGAUCUUGCUCUUUUCCAGACAAAUCCCAAUCACGUAGCUAAAACAAUAACAACCAGUGGCAAUCCUUCCAUCAAAGUCCUAACCCAGCUGAUGUAAACAAGAAUGUUACUGUACAUAGGGGUGUUUUGUGUAUUUCUACUCUGAAGGUUUAUCAAUGAGUUAUUAAGGUUUCUAUAUUAGUGACUGUAGUGGGUUCAGAAGGGGCCUCUGCUAUUCUUUAUACCCUGGUGGGUUUCAACCUGUCCUGGUAAAUUGCAGUCAACUAAAGUCUCGCCUGCCUUGCUGCCAGUCAUCAUUCAGCUGCAUUUCAUCCAGCCUUCAGUCAAGGGCAAUUCCCACACCUGAGCAAUGCUUGAAACAUGAAUGAGAAGCACACAGAAGCCUGUCCAGGGCGUUUUAAUGAGUGUCCUCGUGCAUUCCAGCAUUUGCUUACUCCUGUCAGCUGCAGAUUUGCCAGAGUAUUGAGCUGGUCACUUUCUCGUGCUGCAAGCUCUGUUACAGACUGGCAGCACCAAGUGCUCUGGGCAAAGAAGAUCUGCGAAGCAGAUGCAGUUAAUUUUCUUGAAGAUCUUGGUCUCCUGAGGAGUUUGGUCUGGAAAAAAAAAAAAGAGAAAUCAUAUUUGAAGGCCUGCUCAGCUUUUUUCUUGGAAAGGUGGAUCUCAGUGUAUCCUUCAGGGUUUGCUCUUUCCCAGGAGAGGGGAGGUAAAGUUGUCCCCAUUCUCCUGCCCCUGCUGUGAUGGUCUGUGAUCCUCACAGAGCUGCAGCUGUACAAUCUGCUGAAGACAUCCCUGUGCAAAAGGGGCCCCUCCACACAGGCAGGGCUGAGCAGUCUGCUUGCAGUGAGGCUGCACUGCCACAUCUCUGGUGAGCUGCUGGCCAUCUUGGUGCUAUCACCCUUAUUUCCAAAUUAUUGAACACUGGGCCCUGGCAGUGUGGCCCACAAAGCCCACACCUCUCUGCCCUAGCCACGCUUUCUAAUGAAAAUGCUGGAUAUUUGAAACUGCUAAACUUAGAGACAUUGAAAUUUGAAGGGGGGCAGGCUGGCACAAAUCUAUGCACACUCUCCUCCCUGUAGCCUGCUGCCAUCUCUGAUGGCCUGGGGACACCUCUGCCUGUCUCCUCUGAUGGUCCUUCAGCCCUGGAGCCCAGGCUCAGUAACUGGGUUGGCUGUACAGGGCUGGAAGUGUUUUCCAACCCUACAAAGUUAAAGCAGCACCAGUUCCCUGGCUGGGUUCUUCCUGGAGUCCUGUAGCUACACCAGUGAGCAGCACCCAGGGUAAAGGCAGACAGGAAAAAUGUUUUACCUUCCUCACCCUUGAAAAUCUUUGACAGGCUUGAGAUGACCUCUAAAGGGAUGUUCCUUCUUCACACAAAGGCCAAACAGCCGGGGGGUUGCACAGAGCUGUGACAUCUAGAGCUGGUGGUGGCACUGGGGUGAGUGAGAGUGUGCCCAGAAGGGGUUCUAGACUUGCUGGCCACAGCCACAGAGCCAGGAUGCAACAAAGCACUUGGUCAGGGUACCUGGAAGCAAAAAAGGAGAACUUGCUAACUUUUUUUUUUUUUUUUUAACUUUAAAAGUGUCCACUGUGGUGCAGAUGGAGAAAUUGCUAAUUCCAGACCUCAGGAGUAGUUUUAUCAGCCCCAGCUGUCAAGUUGUCCCCGUGAAAGGUUUUACAUGUAGAAAAAAUUCAUACAAAUAAACCACUGAAUCUUCUAGUUCAGGACCCUGGGGAUUUCCCUCUCCACAGUACAGGAAGGCCACAGACACAUGAAGCCUUUGUUUUGACCCAUGAUGAACUGGCAAGAGACCCUCUCUACACCCUAAAUAUACAUGUAGUACCAUGCUCUCACCAUACACCCGCUGUCAUCCUCCAGAAGUUGUCCAGACAUUUCACAGUGGUACUGAGACAGCAAUGGAGGAGAACAGAUCUGCUUUCCCCUCCACAGCCCAGUCAGCUUCAGUGAUCCUGCUGGGAUGUCUCCAUCAGGGGAUGGUAAACAUAGGCAAGGCCUGAACAACACACUUCCCCAAAACAAGAAAUGUUAAACAAUGUCUCUCUGCCUCCCCAUUGUUUUCCUAACUCAAGGCAUUUCCUUUGUUGUAACUGUGACCUAUCAAGUGGCGCUUUAGAGGGUUUUAUAAUAAAAUGUUGAGUAUA